AUUUUCGAGAGUAUCUCACCAGGUACACCAGUUUGCACAGGAUGAUGGCCCGAGUCGGAAGGCGUCACACGCGGCGACCGCCACUGGACGCCACGACAGUGCGUUCCGUGCGGUCGCUCACGGCAUCGCGCGCUCCAAUCAUGUUGACCAGUCCAGCAGGGGAGGUGAUUGAGAUCUCGUCCGACGACGACAGCGACGUCGUAGUCGACAUGGUCAUUCCGGCGCCGGCCAACUCCCCGUUUUCCGAAUACGGUGGAUAUUACAGUCCAACAGGAGGAGCCGUACGAAGGAAAAAGCGGAAGCCUGCUGUGCCCACAACUCUCAAGACUCCCGAGCAGGAACUGCACGACACUGCGGUGCUCGCAGCGCGCAUGUUUGACCAGAACGCUGCGCUAUCCCCCGAAGUCAAGAGCAUGUACAGCCAGGUGGCGUGGUGUCGACUGCGAGGAUGGCCGUACUGGCCUGGCUACGUGUGCAGCCCCCACAUGCUCGCGGUGGAUUCCGAGACGAUGGAGGCAUUUGUACCGUUCAUGUCGACCCACUACUGGAUUUACUUCUACGGGUGCAACAAAAGUGCCGCGGUGCCGCAUUCGUCGGUGGUCCCUUGGGAUGACGCGUCCAAGCCCUAUCGAGAGGGAUAUCCCUCCGGCGGACCCCACCGCGCGAUCGGGCUCGCUGAUGCCGUCGAUCUGGCAGAGGAGUACAAGCUCCCAGCCGACGAACGCGUGGCAUGGGUGAUCUCUCGAGUCAAGACCAAGGAGAGCGCGCAAGCGGCGAGGAAGACUCGACGAAGGUACGAACCGACCGUCGAGAUGAACGACGCCAUCGACGGUGCCGUGCGGGGGAUCUCAGCGACCGGCCAGUUGAAAGGAGCGACAAUGUUACGGGAUAUGCAGCUCGACGAAUCACCGGCACAGUCGUCGCAAGCACCCACUCCGAAUGCUGCAACGACGCCGUAGCGCCUGCAGCGACUGGACUGUGACUGGUGCAUGAAGUGUACUAUUAUGAGAUGGGCACUGCAAAAACAGAGUUCUCGCA